AUGCCGCGAGACGAAGGAAACCACCCAUGGCCGCUGCGUCCAAAUUUGCUGCUCCUUCUGGCGGACGACAUGGGCUGGGGCGACUGGCCGAACGCAAACAUGCCUCUCCGCCACCUCGACGCGCUCGCCGCCGCCGGCACUCGCUUCACGGCCUUCUACACGCCGUCGUGCAUCUGCUCGCCGGCGCGUGGCGCGCUGCUGACCGGCCGGAUGGCGAUUCGAUGGGGUGGCGCCGGCGCAACAUGGCACGGCACGGCCUUUGGAGCGGGCGCAAAUGGUGGGCGGCACACCAUUGGGACGGAGCUCCGCUCGCUCGGCUACGCGACGGCCAUGGCGGGAAAGUGGCACCUCGGCCAGGCGGCGGGACACACGCCCCGCGACCACGGCUUUGACCGCUUCCUCGGCAUCCCCUUCUCCACCGACAUGGGACGCCUCGCAGCUGGGAGCGGGGCAGGCGUGGCCGAGCUGAGCGACGCGCUGCCGCUGCCGCUGCUCGCCAACGAGUCGAUCGCGGAGCAGCCCGCCGACAUCGGAGCGCUCACCGCCACGUACCUCUCCUUCUCUCGCGAGUUUGUGUUCUCCGCCGCCCGCCGCGCCCAGCCGUUCCUCUUCGUCUCCUUCCACCAGCCGCACGCGAUCGGCGAGCUGGGCAGGAUCGUCUCGGAGGCCGGCGCGGCGCGCAGCACGCUGACGCUCUUCGCGUCCGACAACGGCCCGUGGGUGGAGAUGGCCCCCGCGGCUGGCUCGGCAGGCCCGCUGCGGGGCGGCAAGUUCACGACGUACGAGGGAGGCAUCCGCGUGCCCGCGCUCGCGCACUUGCCGGGCACCGUGCCGGCCGGCCGCGUGACGGCCGCCGUGGCCUCGCUGCUGGACGUGCUCCCCACCGCCGUCCGGCUCGCGGGCGGGACUCCGCGCGCGCAGCUGCUCGACGGGAGGGACCUCCGCCCGCUCCUGUCCGGGCGGAGCGAGGCCGAGCGCUCGAUCGCGCGGAUCAACGCCUCCGUCGCCGCUCUGGAGGCGACGCUGCCGGGCAGCAGAGGAGCGCCUCCCGUCCCUAACCAGCUCGGGCGCGGCUACUCGCGGAACGCCACCCUCUGCUGCCAUUCCUCGGGAUCGGGACGGCGGCUCUCCGACUCGCAGAAGGCGAGCGAGCCCCCGACCUGA